AUGAAAGAGUACUGGACAUCUCUAGCUUCCCUUCUCGGCGUUUUAGCCUUCUGCCAAACCCUAAUAAACUCAGUCUUCCCACCAGAACUCCGUUUCGCCGUCACAAAACACUUAAACAGACUCUUCCAACUCUUCUCCUCCUUCUGCUACUUCGACAUAACGGAGAUAGACGGCGUCAACACCAACGAACUCUACAACUCCGUCCAUCUCUACCUCACCUCCUCAUCCUCCUCCUCCUCCGUAACCUCAAACCGUCUCAACCUCACGCGCUCCACCAACUCAUCCUCCACCACAUUCACCCUCUCCAACAACGACUCCACCCUCGACACUUUUAACACCGUCACCGUCCUCUGGGAACACGUCCUCACGCAGAGACAAACUCAAACCUUCGCGUGGAGACCAAUGCCCGAGGAGAAACGUGGCUUCACACUCCGUGUCAAGAAAAAGGACAAAGGCUUUAUCCUAAACUCUUACUUGGAUCAUAUCACGGAGACAGCUAACGAGAUUCGCCGCAAGAAUCAAGAUCGGUUUCUUUACACUAACUCUAAAGGUGGGGCCAUGGACUCGAGAGGGCUUCCUUGGGAGCCUGUUCCGUUUAAGCAUCCGUCUACGUUCCAGACGCUGGCUAUGGACCUGGUGAAGAAGAGAGAGAUCAUGGAGGAUCUCAAAGACUUUGUUGAGUGUGAGUCUUUUUAUAAGAAGACCGGUCGGGCUUGGAAGAGGGGUUAUUUGUUAUAUGGGCCACCAGGGACAGGAAAGUCUAGCAUGAUCGCAGCCAUGGCUAACUAUCUUGGUUACGACAUUUACGAUCUUGAACUCACGGAGGUGAGAAGCAACUCGGAGUUGAGGAAGUUGUUGAUGAAAACGAGUUCAAAGUCGAUAAUUGUGAUCGAGGAUAUAGACUGUUCUAUCAAUUUAAAGAAUAGAAACAAUAAAGAAAACAAACCGGGGAUGAUGUUAACCGGGUUCGGUUUAGGAAAUGAUGAGGGGAGUGGGGACACGAUUACUUUGUCCGGUUUGUUGAACUUUACUGAUGGGCUUUGGUCUUGUUGUGGAAGUGAGAGGAUCUUUGUGUUUACGACCAAUCACAUUGAGAAGCUUGAUCAUGCGUUGCUUAGAAGUGGGAGGAUGGAUAUGCAUGUGUGCAUGAGUUACUGUACGUUUGAUUCGGUGAAGAUUUUGUUGAGGAACUACUUGGGGUACGAGGAAGGUGACUUAAGCGACGACGUUUUGAAGGAAUUUGAAAGGGUUGUGGAUAAGGCGGAGAUUACGCCGGCUGAUGUAAGUGAGUGUCUUAUUAAGAAUAGGAGGGAUAAAGAGAGAGCUGUGAGGGAGUUGUUGGUGGAGAUGAAAAGAAGGGUGGAGAAAAAUGAGAACAAUGGGAAGUUAAGGGGUCAAAAUGGGAGCUUUAACGUGGCUGAUGAAGAGGAGGAGAAGAGGGCUUUGGACAGUCCUUAUGGAGAUAAGGAAGAGAUUGAGGACAGCAUUUGCAAGAAUAGUGAAGGUUAA